CUGCUAGCACAUUGCACUCUCUAAAGCGAAGCUAUGAAUAUGUAAUUGACAAUACGGGCAUUAUCUGUCAACAGCUUAUAAAACGAUUCGAAGGAGACAUCCAAACUAAGGCUCAGGAUCUUACAAGACUUAUUCAAUCUCCCAUUGAGCACAAAUCGCCUGUAACAAGUCCGCAGUAUACGCUAAAUGUUAAUCUCCUAAUUGGUGGAAAUGAGGCUAUGAUGCAUACACCUGUUGAUGCAUUGACCAAGAAUUUGCUAGGAUUGUUCAGAAAUCGUCUCGGUGGUGAGCUACCCAUUGAAAUAAAUCGUGAUAAAAUGAUCG